AUGACGGAGGUCCAGGGCACUGUCGAGUUUUCGGUGGAGCUACACAAAUUCCAUAAUGUGGAUCUCUUCCAGAGAGGGUAUUACCUGCUGCAUGCAAGUCUGAGAGUCCCAUCCAGGAUCCCACACCGAUUGUCAACAACGGUCGUGGAACAAACAGGUGAAUCCAUCCUUUGUUCAGCCUGCGUCCGUGAGAACAGUGUCUACAGCAGAGUGUUCCAGAUCCUGUACAGGAACGAAGAGAUUGUCAUCAACGAAAGCAUGAAUUUCAAAGUCCACCUUCUCUUGGAUGGUGAAAGGGUGGAAGAGGCCGUCAGUGAAGCAGAUUUCCAACUCAAGCUGGACCUGCUCUUUACAGACAGUGAGCAACAGCUGAAAGACGUCUCGGCAGUCCCGGUGAUCAGCAGCCGCACUCUGGGGCUCCACUUCCAUCCGCGGAGAGGCCUGCACCACCAUGUCCCUGUCAUGUUCGACUACUUCCACCUGUCUGCGAUCUCUGUGACGGUGCACGCCUCCCUGGUGGCCUUACACCAACCCCUCAUCAGCUUUGCUCGUCCCGGGAAAGGUUCAUGGCUUGGGAAAGGCAGCUUGGAAACAGGCCCAGAUCCCACCGGGAUGUCCCUUGAAAAUCUGGUGUUUGGCGCCGGUUACUGCAAGCCUGCUGCUUCAGAGGGCAGCUUUUACGUACCAUCUGAAAACUGCAUGCAGCACGCACACAAGUGGCAUAAAGACCUUUGCCUCCUGCUGCUGAACGCUUACCAAGGACUUCGGGUGUACUACGGCAUCAUCAUGAAGGAGAUUCCCAGUUUACCACAGCUGAAGUUAGAGGACCUUGCGGUGGAAGAGAUGCUGUCCCAACUCUCCGCUGAGGUUCAGAUGCUGAAUAGUCCAGAGAAGAUAGCAGAGCAGAUCAGCAAAGAUCUCACCUGGCUUUGCUCUCACCUCUUGGCGCUCUGGACCCAGUUUCUGGAGGUGGUCACCCUGCAUCCCGACGUCACGGCCUAUCUCGUUCAGGAGCACCACACUCUAAGGGUAAGAAGAUUCUCUGAGGCUUUCUUUUAUACUGAGCAGGAAAAGCUGACUGGGUUGACUUUUCAGGAAAGCCUUAUCCAGCAUCACAGUCAGGUUUCUUCAGAAGUCCGGACCUCCGCAUACCUCACCAGCAUGCCGCCCUUACCUGUAGAGUGCCUCGACAUUGACGGAGACUGGAGCACGCUGCCGAUCAUUUUUGAAGAUAGAUACGUAGAUUUUCCUUACAAAGUUCAGGGCUUAGACGUCUUGUCAAACUAUGUGGUUUCUUCUGUAGACAAUUCACAAGUGGACUUAGUGGAUAAAAAUGAGAUACCGUCUUCAAACGAUGACACUGAGCUAGCAAAAGAAGUUUUCGCAAAAGAUACCCCGUUCAUCAUCUACACAGACAGGAUAAAUAGGAAAUCGGUGUAUACUUGCAGCUAUCGAGAAGAAGAUCCCAGCGUGGGUGAGGUUUUCAAGGACCGCAGCGCAACUCAGGUCUAUGCAAUGAAUGGAGACGUCCACACCUCUGAACAUCUUACAGCCCCAAUUAGCAAUGUUAUACCUGAUUUGCAAUCAGAUCUCUUGAAAAAUGGCGCCGAAGGCUUUAGGACACCUGUGGAGUUUUCAAAACAUAGUAAACACACAAUAGGGGAGACAUAUUUGAAUGGAAACCCAGCGUGUAUUGGCGUCCAUGAAGAAGAACCAAUGCUAGUCAUGACAGCCCUCUAUGAUGGUGGCCCUUGUGUACCUCACAGACUUUUGGAAGGAACUGAAUUGAGCCAAACGGCUAAGAAUUGUGGAACUACUCUCCUUUCAGACGAACUCAAAUAUAACGAACCGAAUGGCCUUGAGAAAGCAGUAGAUCCAGGUGGGGAGGCGAUAUUGCCAACCUUGAGCCCGUUUGAUAUAAAUGUCCAUUUUGACACGUUGAGUCAAACAGAAGAUGUCCAAGAGACAAACUCUUUUCAGAAGGAGCAAAGAGUGCCGGAAUGUGAAGAAUUCAGUUUGACGUCAGGGGCCAUCAAGAGAUCUUCAUCACUGAUCUCUGACUCAGGAAUCGAAAGCGAGCCCAGUUCGGUAGCUUGGUCUGACGCACGGAGCAAGGCCUUAGAGUUGCCCAGCGACCGGGAGAUCCUCCACCAUCUUGUCAGAAGACACGCAAUCCACCGGAACUCUCUGGAAGGUGGGCACACGGAAAGCAAUACAAGCUUGCCCAGCGGCAUACAGGCCUCACUCACCUCGAUCAGCUCCUUGCCGUAUGAGGAGGAAGAGAGGGAGGUUGAACCGAACAAGUUGACCAAAUCAAUUUCUGCUCCUCAGAUCAGUAGCCCUGAGGAGUCGCUAGAGGAUAAGGAUAUAUCCAAGCAUGCAAAAACUGCCUCAGACCUUGCAGAGGGACCAUACGUGGAAAUAAGAUAUGCCAGCAUGGCAUUAAUGGGAAGUAUUUCUGGCUGUCAAGGGGACAAAGAAAGUGAUGGCUCAUACGGGCCCACGACCGCUGAUCUGAACCAAAAUGGCCGCCAUUCUCACUUAACCGAAGAUGCUGAAGGCUUUUCAGAGACGGACUGUAGAUUGGAAGGCACAGGAGAACUUGGAGUUGUGGAACUAAACAUAGGUGGCACAGUUCAUCUCAAUGAGGAUGGGGAGGAGAAUAAUUUGCACAGGAGCCAAAGUCUGUAUUCUGCAGAUGGAAAGCCCUUCUCACAUGACGAGGAUCAGGCGCCAGACUUCUGCUAUGCCAUCCCUUCCUCGUCAGAGAUUGUGUCCAAAGAUGUCUCCCCAAAGGAUUCCUGUGCUGUGGUGCCAGAGGCGUUGGUUCUUGAGAGCAAAAAGGCCGUCGAGGUGGUCAAUUUGUCUUGCACGGCAACGUGUCUUCCCUUUUCUUCUGUCCUUAAAGAUUCUCCACCCACGACUGGCUUUUCCUCCAAGCCGGCCACGUCUCCCAUCACCCACCAACCAGUGGGCUCCUUUGGAGUCAUCUCCUGUGAGUCCAGAGGAACAGAUGAAGAAACCAAUGAAAGAAUGCUUAGUUUUUAUCAGGCCAAAGAAGAAUUUAAAAAAGAAAUGAAGAUUGGAGGGUUUCUGUACAGUGAUUUACCUGCCCUAGCUUCUGACGUCCCAUAUUUUCCACCAGAGGAAGAGGAAGAGAAUUUGGAAGAAGGGAUUCACCUAGUUAUCUGUGUCCAUGGGCUGGAUGGUAACAGUGCAGAUCUCCGGCUGGUCAAAACAUUCAUCGAAUUGGGUCUUCCUGGUGGAAAGCUGGACUUCCUGAUGUCCGAACGGAACCAGACGGACACUUUUGCCGACUUUGAUACCAUGACCGACCGAUUGCUGGAUGAGAUCAUUCAGCACAUUCAGCUGUAUAAUCUGUCCAUCUCACGGAUAAGAUUUGAAGACUCAAGUGACAAGCUUUUCCCCCUUCUGCUCUCCCAUCACUCCGUUGGUUGUGGAUCUAAAACCGUGAGCACAUGA